GACAGCUCGACACGAAAAAGGAAAAAAGGUAUUGAACAUAAAGCAAGCAACAAAUGUCUCUCCGUCAGCUGGAAAAUUUUGUCUGAAUUUCCCAUUUUGCAACCAAAUUUAAGUGCUCAAACCAGUGUUAACUUGUGUACCGUUUCCUAGUGCAUGCUUGUAUGGUUAAAAUCGCACGGUAGAAUGCGCACGAAGGGAAAAUCUUUUUCCUUCAUCCGUGUCACUAGUGAAGAAAAUAAAAUGUUGGUUGAAGGAGAGCAAGAAGAAGUGGAGGAAUUCCUCCAGCAAGUCGAAGCGAAUGGAAAGUAUCAUCACCAGCAGUAACAGUGAACGAGAAGCGAGAGUGGCAGUAUCGGCUAGGAGGAAAGAAAAAUCGUAAACAACAAAGCGUUCCGACAAGGGUCUCGGUGAAGCGAUUACAAACAAGCAAAAUAAGAACGUUAGUACUCCGCCUCUUUUUUCUUAUAAACAUGCGGAUGAUCAUGAUCAGAUCCAGCUAAGUCGAGACGACAUUUGGAAUUGGGGAAUUGUGAAUCAGAAAAAAAAACGAAUUGGAAAAUGACAUCCAAUCUUCGUGAGCAGUAUUACCGUGGCCUGCUGGCGAUAGCAGCGGCAUUGUUUAUUAGUAGCUGUCGGCAAGCUUUUGCUACCAAUCAUAUCUUUGUAAAUAACAUAGUUCCUUUGAUAAGUAAUCUAAGCGGUAGUGAGAUAAGUUUCGAUAAUAGCAGCAAAGUGCCUUUCUCAUCGAUAUCGACACACAAUCCAGUGCCGCCGGCCGCCGACGGACCGGCAGCCUUGUUUCCAUUUGCGGCAUCUCAAAUACAGCAGCAGCAACUAACUGGCGGCAGCGAAAGAGACUACAGUGUUCUAGAGCUGUCCAAGCUGCUGGAGAUGAAGCUAAAACGAAUACGCAAUCAGGAGCUUGACGUUCCGGUUGUACAGGAACUGUACGACACCAUGGAAUUCACUUCAGUCAUCCGCAAUGAUAUCGAUGAAUUGGACAAAAUUGCCAAAAAACUUACGGCAAAAUUUGACCAAUCGGUAGCAGUUGUGGACAGGAUGCGUGCAUUUAUUUAUGACAGCAUCAGCCGCCAGAGUGCCAAAUACAACACUCUCAUCAGUCCGUGCCCGUACAGCAAUGAACUGAUCAAUCCGUGGGACGAUGAACCGCAUUUCGAUUUGCAAAGCUUCAUUCAAAACACUAAACUUAUGAAUUCCUCCAGUAGUAGUGUUAGCGGCAGCAGCGCAUCACUUCUGAAGCAGUUGUCUAGUGAGUCAGACUUUCUGGACUUCUCAGCAUUCCCAACGAGCCCCGAGGACCGGCCUCGAAUUCGAAUAAACGAUCAAACGGUAGACGAUAACAAUCAGCUUUUGCAGAAAAGACUGCAGGAUCAAAUUUUCAAUAUGCAGAGUAAUUUCUUUAGUCUGAAGCAGCUGUAUUUCCUAUCCUCGUUCGAUCAAGGAAGUGCUUUCAAGUGUCACUACUACCCACGUGACGGUCGACUAAAAUCUUUAUAUUUGUCCUCUGUGAGGAGUAAGCAUUUCAUGAUUUUAUUAAAUAUCGGUAACUCGGUCAGUUUCGAUCAGCUGGAGGUGGCAAAAGCGAUUGUAAAGUUUAUUAUCUAUCUGCUGAAUGAAAACGACCGAAUCGCUGUUAUUGCCGUCAGUCAGAAGUUGACAACAACAGAAAGCUUGAAUCACUGCGGCAAUACUCCGUUCGUGAAUGCUACCAUAGACAAUAAGGAUCGGCUGGUGGAGUUUGUGGAUUCACUUAACAAAACAUCUUCAGCAGCCAUUCAUGUUGCGGCGUUCCGCUACGCGUUCAAAUCGCUAGCCGAAGCAUACAAAGAAGUCAACACGGAACUGCCGAUUGUAUUUUUAUACUUGGGGAGAGCUCAAGUGUCACCGAUAACGGCCGCUGCACGAUCAGUAAUUAGAACAAUUGCGGAAGGACAAUCGAGGCUUCCGAUACCAGUGAUUAUAAAUAGUUGUUUGAUUCUACUGGAUGAGCGGGAAAUUAGCUAUGAAAAGCAGUUUAUUGCCGACUUCACCACACAAAACUUCAGUAAAUACAAUAUCACCGGUAGUUUUCACAAACUAAGGCCAGGCAAAAUGGUUAUGAUUUCUAAACAUAGUUUCGAUGCACAUCGAUUUGUGCUAGCUUUGAUGGAACCUUUCCUAACCGACAGAAGCUUCAUCGAAGAUCGUAUACGGAUUCAUCUGCCCUAUCAUGAAGGACCUACUCAUGAUACUCUGGUGACUCUGUCCGUUCCCGUAGCUACGCACGGCUUAAUGGGAGUUGAUCUUUACCUAAGUGAUUUGGCAGAAGACAUUUCCUAUUACAAACAGGACGAUGGAAGUUAUGCUUUUCUAAUAGAUUUGCGGGGUAGUACUAUUAUGCAUCCCUCGUUUCCAAGGCCGCUUGCUGUACGUGAACAUUUUUUCAUAACGAACAUCACUCUGCUAGAGCGUGGGCUUAGUGCUGCCAAUGUUGAAACUCUACUCUCAAAACCAAGCGGCAAUUUGACGAUCCUCGAACCAAAAUCACGGCAGCAAAAAGUUUAUUUAUGGAGGCGAGCUCGUUUCUAUAUAGCUUGUAUCGUACGAACACUGGACGAUGAACGCAAUCCGAACAUUCUACUUAACGGAGCGAGUUCCCGGUAUGGCCAAACGCAACAGCUUCAAUAUUAUCAUUCUCGAUCCAACAUGGAUUACAGUUUCAUCAGUAGCAAUGGUUUCAACAGCCGCAAUCUUUUACCAGAUCUAAUAUACCAUCGAAUCGACAUUUAUGCAGCGCACUUGCAGCGUCCCGUCCCAACGAGUACUUCGUCGAAUUCAUUAACCAAGGAACUCGGAUCCACCGCGGAUGUUCCCCGAGUAUGUCGUCUUAUGAAACAACUGGCUCUGGCCGACGAUUCCACACUCUACCUAAGUGCUUCCUCGUUUCAAUCGCCGUACGCUCACAUUCGUAACAAUCGGGAUGGUUCCAAUGACGACGAUACGCUGCGGACGAUCCAGAAUAUUAUGGCUUAUUUAAAGGACACUACGUCGCUCUUUGCUAAUCCGGGACUGUUACCGGAAGUACGCAGUGACGUGCUCGCGCUGCUGAAAGUUAUCUCCAACUAUAGGCGCAAGCACGGUGACAGUAAACUGAGCAAGUACAUCAUUCGUCGUUACGCUGCCACCGUGAACGGUGUUAUGCAGGUUUACCCUGGAGGUCUGCUAGAUAGUGAUAUCGAGCCUUCGAAACGGCCGUGGUUUGUUAAGGCCAUGCAGUACCCUGGAAAGGUGGUGGUUACUAAACCCUAUCUGGACGCCGGUGGCUCUGGAUAUAUUGUCAGCGUGUCCUACACUAUUUUCGAAGGAAUCGCCGAUGCACUGCAUAACACGGAAAACGACAAACCGAUCGUCGUUGUAGCGUUAGAUUUUAGCCAUGGAUUUUUCUACAAACUUCUCACGGAGUCAUCCUCCGGCGUGUGCAACGCAGACAACAUCAAGUGCUUCCUAAUGGAUGACCGUGGCUACUUGAUUGCACACCCGAAACUGAUCGAACCUGCCAUCGGCAAUAAUCGGCGCACGUUAGAACACAUCACGCACAAGGAAUCGCAGGUUGCCAACGAUAUCCUUAAUCACAAGCAACUGGUGACGAAGAAAAUGUGCUACAAUUAUGUCAACCGAACGGUGCAGCGCUUGUACCAGUUCAACAUGUCCCUGGCGGAGGUAGUGACUAAUCUAAUGUAUGGCGAAAAGACUAAAUAUCAGAUUGCGCUGAUCCCAGGGACGAAUGUUUUCAUCGGAGUGGUCAAUUCAACUAACGAUGGUGGGGCGUUUUGCCCGUGUAGCACGGUUGGCAAUUCCUGUCUCAACUGCAACCGAAUGGAACAAACUGAGUGCGAGUGUCCCUGUGAGUGUCCACUGGAUUAUUACGAGAACGCAAACGAAACCGCCUGCCUGAGGGAUGCUACAGCCAAUAACGGAAAUCGGAAACCGAACCCGGAAUCUAUCCCUCUAUGCUCACCACUGCCGGAGGAACUGAUCUCGAUGCACGCUCUCAACUACGAAAGCGAGUUCGAGCUUAAAAGUUGCUCCAACAUUAAUUGUGAGGAUUACACUACACAAAACGAAUGCUUAGGACUUGUCGGGUGCGAAUGGUGCCAGGUAGAUAUUGAUGGUGAAAAUACCCUCACAACUCCAUUCUGCACAUCGCAGCUAACUUGCUUCAAUGGAAUCUUCGGCUCGGUUACACCGUACGGGGAUGUCAUUAGCAAUAACAUCAUGGAGUCUGUUCUGCCUCCAGCGUACAGUGCAAUAGGUCCAGUAGCCGGUGCUAUAUUGGCCCUCUGUCUCGUGGUAGGCUUUGCUAUGUAUUGCUACCGUCAGAAUAGCGACCAGAGUGGAGCAUCUGAUCAACUAUACGACGACUUGGUAGCGGAUCCUUGUAAUGGACUACCACUGUCCCGUUUCGACAUCGAAGAUCACAAUCCCCCGGACGAUUGUGACAUCAGCCGUACGAGUGCCAAGCAGAACCUGUUACUGAACGGCCAAAACAAUGCCAAUUAUGUGAUCUUUCCAAACGUGACAUCACCUUACCAAAUGUCUUCCAAUUAUCGGCGACCGAAUGCCGGCUCUUCGGAUCACGGUUACUCAACUAUGACGCAUCACGAAGAAUCUGAACACUUAUGCCUAUCGAAUGCGGAACCAGUGGCUCCGAAUGCUUCGGGCAAACGCAUGUCAAUGUCCGACUCGGCUUCGAUCAACACGUCUGUUUCAAGUCCUUACAGCAACCAUCAGAACUUUCUGGCUUUGUCGUCUACUAAAGGUCAACCGUACCAGCCGGUCAAUGGGGCAGAUGAUCUAGACCAGCAACAACAGAAGUUCAUUGAUCCUACGCAGACGGUUCUGCCCUCACCAACGUCGGUCUCUCGAACGGGCAUCUAUGGGGCUGGACAUCACAUUCUCGUUCCGGUUACAGUUCAUCGGAACAUGGAUGUUUCCUAACGAACCGUGAUAGGUUAUUUGUAAAUUAUACAUUUUACUGUAGGAGGAACGUGUGCAGAAUAUCUGUCUAUACUUGUUCUUGGUGUAGAGAACUUUUUUUUAUCGGAGGCAGGCUUUUAACAAUCGAUAGAUAUUACGGGUUCCUGUAAGAUAAAGGUAAGUGCAGCAAGUUCCCGUUUAUUGUCAUAUUCAAUGUACCUUAUAGAUUUCCCCCCUAAACGAACCAAUAUCGUUCGUUCGAACAAGUAAUCCAGCAGAAAUGUUUAUCGGACAUUGUCUUUUCUUUUAAAUCUUACACGCGUUAUAGAUUGAUCUAUUAUAUUUUCUAAUUACUCCCAGUGGUGGCUCGAUGUUAAUCUUUUUCCCACCCUCUUAUGACUGUUGACUGAUUGUUGGAAUAAUAAGCAUUUUAAAGCAUAGGCCAUUUUAAUCCCACUGUAAUCCUGACCGGCUAUUGCCACAGCAUUAAUUUUAGCGCAACGAACAACAUGCCAUUUGUAGAGAUUUCUAUAUGCAACAAGCGGAUGGCUAAACGUACCCUUUACAUUUUUAAACAGAAAAAAACAUCAAAAGUGUUUGUUAGAGGCACUAAACGGUAACCAGCAAUGCAAUAUUGACCGCAAACUAAGAGUGAUAGUUUCUCUUAACAGACUGAUAAAUGAUUUACACCAGCCCCAAAACUAGCACCUAAACUAUCACUGUGCAAACUAGAGAGAAAAAACAAAACAACGAAUUCAAUUGGUCUUCUUCGUCAAUUAAAAAAUGCAGGAACAUUUGCGCAUUCGUUCUAAAACUCAUGUUUUUUAGAACACCAACCCGCCCUUAGAACAAAUUUAUCAAUGAAGGAGAAUACUUUGUAUGUAAGGUUAACAACCAAUUUGCCAAGUUGUAUAAGCUUUACCCAGUUUAAUAGAUUUAAGUUGAUACUAGAUACUUAACAGGCAAGAUGGUAGAUAACUGUUAGUUGCUCUAUCGAUGAGAGGAUGCUACCUAAAGCAAGCUGUAAAUGUUUAAUUUUCAAUAUCACCUUGAAUACGGCAGCUAUGUUUACUUAUGCGGCAGUAUUUCCCCUAUUUAGGUUAGCGUUAACUUAUAACAAAUUAAUGUAUUUUAUUUUAAAAUGAACUAAUAAAAUAUCAAAAAUGCAAUAAAUGUUAAAAGCUCGCAAAAAAAGUAUGCAUUUCAUUUUUAUAUUUAUUAUUAUUGAACCAAAAAUCAAAUACUGGUUGGUUGAUACCAGCAGUACAACCCUUACUAGUUAGCAUAGAAUAGACCCCCGCGUGGUUCAGGGCAUAAUGCCCAGCAACUCCUACCUAAUUUCCACGUGGUACCGACUGGGAUAGGAGCAACUAUAAAAUGCAGUGUCUCGCCAGCUACCUCAAAGUCGGUAGUCCCGUUGUGAGACUCCGCAGCACUACGCCAAAAUGCCAAAAACAUGCAUGCCAAAAAACAAAACACUUCAAACACUCAAGAAAUAAAUAACGCAACGACCAGGUGAAGAAACAAGGGCGACGAUAAGAAGUAUGGUACCUACAUAGAACUGUAGAUCACUGAACGUCGCGUGUGGCGAGCGGAUCCUGUUGAAUCAGCUAGAACCCCGCAACUUCGAAAACGUUGCGCUCCAGGAGCUUUGUCGGAAAGGAGAGAAGGUACGAAGGUUGUGUGGCCGCCAAGCACAGUACCACCAGAGCGGCGUGGUCCGAGGAAAAUUCAAAUGAUGAGGAAAAUUUUCAUACGUGUCACCUUUAGAAGGGUGACAUCCUUGAGAAUAAUUACCAAUUAGGUGGAGGUCGAGGUGAAACCCUCGAAAUUU